AGGUUGAAUUGAGUCAGCGAACUGUCAACCAAUACGCGGAUCCUCAAUACCAAAGAAACCGAAGAUAGAUAGAAGCUAAAAUUGAUACUAGUAGUUUGUAAAAUCGUUGGUUCGUUAGACUGUUUCAUUCCACAACAGUUUCUCCUGAAUAUAUCUAAUAUUAAAAGACCAAGCAAAGAUGAGGUCAUUCCUGUGGUUGUUAGCAUGCCUUGCAAUAACCAGUGCAGAUCUUUACCUACACAAUCCCAGAGGUUCCAAUAACAGACUUAAUGAGCAGUCAGCCAAUAGGAAGAAUGCAAACAGGAUGUUUGACUCUCAGAACAAUAACAGAGGAGGGUACAACUUUGGUGAUUCAACAAGCAAUGCAGCUGGGAAUGAAAAUCAACAGUAUAGAAUGGAGUAUUUUAUGAGUGGUCCAUAUAUGCGGUAUACAGAUGCAGAGGGCAACCCUACAGGCGAGGGGCAGUCCUUACUGAACAUUGAAUGGACCAAUCAGCAUGGCUGUGGUGGUGAUGAAGACACCGACCCUCACAAGACCAACUGCUUGCUGGUAAUGCAGUUCAUGUGUCAAGAUGAUGUACCAAGUGCAACAGGAACUGAUGACACCAUUCGAAAUGGUCAAAACACCGGAACCCAACAGCACAACCGUAUCCAAAACUUAAAUGAGGGGCAGGGCAGUGCCAACAAUCGUAAGAAUGUUGUGGCCUCAAAUCGCGGCCUACAUGAGCCAUGGCAGUGGUAUGACAAAUGCUACAACAGGGAAAGAAAUAUGGGUCUUUUUACUGCUGACCAAAACCUGCAAACUAAUAACGGUAAUGGAUACAGCUCAGCGAUUUACACUCGACAGAACCCACAAGGAACACAGAGGGGGUAUGAGUGCCCAGAAGAACGUGACUAUUACCCUUACUGGCAUCCCACCCCCUGGAGAGAUGUUGCACUGCUUGUACAGAAUGUCUCAGAAUGCAGCAAACUCCAGGCAGAAAGCUUUAACGUCCAACAAUACUAUGAGUGUGUGGAGUACUACGGCAAUGGCCAACGCAAACACUGGUCAAGGUACAACAACCAGGCUGACUGUGAAGCCAAUAAUGGUGAAUGGCUAGCUUUUACCGGCUACUUAGAAACAGCUCAAGAAUUUGGCACAGAAUCAGCAUGCAAUGCAGCCAAUAACAACCAAGAUAGUGUCAAGUACAUAUGGGGUAGGCCUGAGGAUGGUCUAGCUCUUCAGUGCUUGGUUGCCUUAAACCCACCUGAUUGCCUGCAAGCCCCAUGGACCAGGGACAACCAUCUUGGAAACACAAGGACAGGGGAAAAUGCACAGUAUACCAUGACACUUCCCUACUUUCCAUCUGGAAAAGCAAAGCGAUGUGCAUUUAGAAUGAGGUAUAACAUUAGUACAGACGAUUAUGAUCCAGCCAAUACUGAUGCCAGCCACAAUCAGAACUAUCAAACAGGCGAGAUAUCACCGAUCCAGAAUAAUCCGAAUGUGGACGUUGGGGCAGACAGCGUUCCAUUGCGUCUUGCUGUUAACACCGCUCAGUAUGGCCGCGUCUUUCAAGACAGGUCACACGCCUUCAAGAUUGUACCCCGACCAAAUCGUGAAGGUAUUGAAUCAGCAAAGAUCGUAAACUUAAACGUUCGUGGAAAGCGCGGCAACAUAGUUCAGGUGUACCCAGCGAUAGAGUAUGACUUCACGCCAACACGGUUGGAGAUUAAUGAAGGUGAUAUGAUCCAUAUACAGUGGACAGGGUCCAAUACUCAUAACAAUGGAAACCCAGCUGGAGAUGGACAGGCUGGUGAUGCUGGAGAAGGCAGAGGGGGAACCGACCGCAAUAAUAUUGUGCAGAUACCAAGUGCACUUGACAACUAUCCGCUGCCCUUCGACAGGACCACUAUGUGGCAGAACGCUAACAUCGUGUGGAUUCACUCACAGGCCGACUCGGAAACGCAACCACCACCGGACUUCUCCGCCGUAGACCUGGCAGUCAGCAUGGCAAGCUCUGGGUAUUACCAGUGUAUGUCCGCUGCAACCUGCGGAGGCCAAUCGGCUCAAAAUAAAAACAAAAUUAAUAAUCUACUAGAUAAUGCACCUGCUUCUUACAAGGGGGCGCUGUUACAGAUACCUGCUGGCGAGUAUCAUUAUAUGUGUACGAGGAACAAUAAUUUCACCAAUCGUAGCCAAAAAGGAAUGCUUAUAGUAAAGGAAACUAAUAAUGCAAAAAAGAAAUAACUAUUUUGAAUUACU